AUGUUUCUUUCUGUAACGACGAAAGUUCUUCCGUUAUUAAGCGCGUUCGCAGCGUCGAUCGUCGCUCAGGAUACAAAAACUACGGUGUUUCCGUUCUCCGGAAAUGGCUCCGUCUUGGAAUCACCGAGCAGAGAGGAAUCUCCGUUUCGACCGGAUGUGACGCGUUCGUCGGAGCUUCUCGCACGUCCUCCCACCGUACCUGCCAAUAAUUUUCUACCCGUGCCGUCGAGGAUGUUUAUUCAUCACAGGAGUGACAACGUGCCACCUUACGUGUACGAUCAUCCUCACUUCGCUUAUCCAGUAGCUCACUCGAAUGAUUAUCCGCUUGGACCAUCCUCGAAGCAGCUUGUGAUCGUCAGCUUUAUCGGUUUACUGUUACUCUUCGCGAUUAUUCAGAACACGAUCGUGAACGUAAAGCGCAGGGAGAUGUUGACAGACGUGUUGUCUGCCAGAAGAAAGCGAGAGCUCUAUGCUGCGUAUAAUUUCAAUUCUGUGACACCGGAACAGGAAGACGUUCUCAACGAGGACGCCAGGGUACGAUGCAUACAGAGGACCGUGUGCCUGGAGAAUCGAAAGCUCUUGAAGGCGUUCGGCGCUACCGGCAAGAUACUGGCCAAACGAGGCGUGGAGAAAUCUCUGAAAUCGUCCGGAUGGUUCCGUUUGGUGCGGGAUGCAGGAGAGGCUGGGAUUCGUGGCGAGGACUGCGAGGUGCUCUACAGAGGCUGCGACGAGCAAUCCACCGAUAUACUUCAUCGUGAUCUCACAGUGUCCCCAUACAGCGGAUACGAUAGGAUGAAGCUUCUUGCCCUUCAGGCCUUUGAACGCGACUCCAAGGUUAUCGAAAUCAACUAUUGCCCAGUGAAAUUAGAGGGUCCACUCACCGAGGAAUUUGUCAGGAACAAUGAACGUUUCGUCGGGCUUGAGGAGAGCUGGGUACGUGAUACCAGCAUUGUUCUUCGAGUCGUGGAGAAGCUUGUUCCUACCGAGAUCCCAACCCCAGCUUUGUUCGUUGUUACCCACCAGGCUCUGGUAUCCGACACUGUGAAGGGGUGCCUCUGCGGUCGCGACACCCACUACGGCGUGCGUGCCUCUUUGCCUCGUGCUCCAGAACAGUUCCCAGACAUGCAUACCUUUCGUGUACCCUACUCUCCCCCUUAUGCAGUCUGUGCUUUGGGCCACCGGGUGCCGAUGAAACGUUAACUUAUCGUCAUCCUGCAAUAGAAAUAAUUUAUCAGUUAAUGAGCCAUUUGUCGGUCAAUAAUAUAAAAUUGGAUUACAGAUAUAUAAGAGUUACAAUAGAACAGAUUUAAGUAGCAUUAACCGAAUAAUUAUGAUGCUUUAUUAAUUAAUAAAUUACUUCAUUUCUCAGUAUAUUAA